AUGGGGUCAGAACAAAGUACUCAAAAAAAUGAAAAGAGUAAAAUAAGGUCUUUACACCUUAAUGAAAAUGUUAAAAAAGGUCAACAAGUACUAAAAUCUUCAACAGAAAGUACUGAUUAUUGCCAAAACAGGAGCUCAUCACCAGGAUUAAGUGUGUGUUCUGACUCUGAUUUACCUUAUAUAUCAUAUACUGUAAAUCGGCCAAUAGGUGUAGAUUCACCUAAAAUUUCAUCUAAACCAUCAUCUUUUCAUAGAGAAAAAUCUUUUGGAAGUGUUAAUUAUUCCUCAUCUAAAAGAAAAUUUGAAAACUCUAGGAAAGUCACUGAAUCUCUCUCUAAAAGUGGUAAUAUUAUUGUAGUCAAAGCACCCAAAGAACCAGAAUGUAAAGAAAAAGAUUUAUUUUUAUUAAAAUUACAAAGCAUUCCAAUGUUUUUACCAAUAAUGAGAGGAACUUUAAAUUUACCAGGCAAGUAUAAAAAUUUUAUUCAAGUUAUUUGUUGUAUUCAUUGUCAAAAAGUCAUAUUUUUUAAAAGAAUGAGAGAUCCAGAAAUAUUAGAAAGAUUAGAUCCCCAAGAUUUGCUUGGCUUGUGUAAAAAAUUACAAAAUUACAUGUCUCUUUGCGUCAACUGUGCAACUAAAAAUCAAAAUCAAAUCAUAAACAGGAUUAGAGAAGUAGAUUUUGAGUUAUGUCAUUUGGUGGUCAGUUUAGGUGAAAGACAAAAAAAAUUAGUUAAGGAAACUGAAAAAAUUAGUAAAAUUAAGGAAAUUUCUGUCAUGCUAAAUAAAUGCCACAGCCAGUUAAACCAUUCUUUAGAACUUAUAGAAAUUCUUAAUAAUGCUUUGCCUUCCAAAUAUAGAUUAGAACCAUUUGUUUGGACCACUGGUUAA